CAGUUUGAAUGAUGAUUGCGAACCGCGCACACGUUGAAAGUGACUAAGUGACAGAUAAGUUGGUUCGUCUGCUGCUGGGUACGCGCGUCACCGUGGUUAUAACCUCGCUAACUGGUCACUUCAUUUCUACAGUAAAUAAAUAGAAAGGUGCGAAAACUUACCGAAUCGAGCACGUAUUUACAUAACCAGGGAAAGUUAAAGAAAAAUUGCGAUGGACAGUACUUCCGAACUUGAUUUGAAAAGUAACGAGGAGAUUAUAGAGGAGCUUACGAAGGAUCUGGAAAGUUCUUGUAUAAGGGCGGAUGAAAACUCUGUGUCUGGUAAGGACAGUUCGAAGUUGAACGCGCGAAACGACAGUCUACCGAAGGAAACCUGUGAACGUGUGGAAACACAUAUACAAGAUUCACAGGAACCACCGGAUCCCCCGAGAGAUUUCGUUGACGAGGAAUUAUUGAAAGACAGAGAAAUCGGUCUCUCUGAAAACGAAAAAGAAACUCUCAGACACGAAGCAGAGAUGUUGAAAAACAAUGGUAAUGAUCUGUUCAAAAGUGGCGAGUAUAUAGAAGCAAUAUCGAUGUACACACGGGGAAUACAAACAUGUCCAUUAGCAUAUAGCAAAGAGAGAUCUAUUCUGUAUGCGAACAGAGCAGCAGCAAAGCUAAAAUGUUUGGAGAAAGAAUCCGCGAUAUUGGAUUGUACAAAAGCCAUAGAAUUAAAUCCAGGUUAUGUGAAAGCUCUGGUUAGGAGAGGACAAUUGUACGAGGAAGUUGAAAAGCUCGACGAAGCCUUGGAGGAUUUUAAAAAGGUUUAUUCUUUGGAUCCCACUCAUACAGAGGCAUAUCACGAGGUUUGCAGAUUACCUCGACUGAUAGAGGAAAGAAAUGAAAAGUUGAAAACUGAAAUGUUGGGGAAAUUGAAAGAUUUAGGAAAUAUGGUGCUAAAACCGUUUGGACUUUCCACGAAUAAUUUCGAGUUACAAAAAGAUCCAAACAGUGGCGGUUAUUCCGUGAAAUUUCAUCAGAACCCGAGUUAAUAACGCCAGCGUUCGGUGUACGUUUCUUAAGUUUGAAAUUUGUACGAGUCGCAGGAUAUUUAUAAACACUGUACGUAAACUCUGUUGGAACGUUGUGCUUUUUAUCGCAAUAAAGAUGUAAACACGUUACAACGUUAAAUAAC